GCUGUGCGCGCUCCCGCGGCGGCCACGCAGUCCCUUGCAGACCGACCUGCACACAACAGCUCGUAUACACAUCAUGGCUUUCUUUGCCCAGCAAAUCCGCAGAGGUUUCUCGUCCUCGGCUGUCAGAAAUGUCGUUAUUAAACAAGUUACGAUCAUCGGAGGUGGGCAGAUGGGCGCAGGGAUUGCACAAGUAAUUCAGAGCUCGGAUCUCGUGUUGGAGGCUAUUGUGGAAAAUCUCAAAAUCAAACAGGAUCUUUUUAGUCGCCUUGACAAGCUGGCACCAGCACACACCAUCUUUGCCAGCAACACAUCCUCCCUGCCCAUCUCCGACAUCGCCAGCUCCACCAACAGGCUGGACAGGUUCGGCGGCCUUCACUUCUUCAACCCAGUCCCUAUGAUGAAGCUCGUAGAGGUAGGGCUCACAAAGCAGCAUUUGUUUUUUAUUUGUUUAUACUCCAGGGUACUUGGGAGGUCUGGUCCAAGAUGUCAGGAUACCCCCGGAUUCAUCGUAAACCGUCUGUUAGGUCCUUACUUGUUAGAGGCCAUCCAGUUGUAUGAGAGAGGUCAUGGAUCUAAAGAAGACAUUGAUAUCGCGAUGAAACUUGGUGCUGGCUACCCCAUGGGACCUUUUGAGCUAGCUGACUAUGUUGGACUAGACAUAUUAAAGUUCAUCAUGGACGGUUGGAGAGAAAUGCAUCCUAACAGCACACUCUUUGCCUCAAGUGAAUUGAUUGACAAGUUGGUAGCAGAGGGCAAACUUGGCAAAAAGACAGGAGAAGGAUUCUACAAGUACAAAUAAUCUAUUGUGGAAAUGUACUGCCGUCAAAGCAGUCAAAUGUUGGGAAAUGAAGCCACCCAGUGCCUGUGCUGCCUCACUAAAGAUCAACUUUUUCCUCUUUCAGUCCAUUUUCUUAUGGACUUCUACUAAACAACAUCAAGAAAUGUUUUAGGUAAUUAAAUCUGAUAUAAUUGAUUUAUAAAAA